AUGAAGACAGGUUUCUCCUGCUGCUGCCCGUCCCUGAUCCCCAGCAGGGAAACAGCCAGUUUCUACCUUCUCUUUGUGCUCAUUGCUCUAUACAUGCUAGCUGGUGCUGCCAUUUUUUCAUCUUUGGAGAGGCCAGUGGAGCUUCAGGCUCAUCAACUCUGGGAGAGGAGGCUACAGGACUUUAGUCAGGUCCACAAUAUCAGCUAUGAAGAUCUGAAGUCUCUGCUACACCACUACGAGGAGGCGAGGACUGCGGGAAUCAGGACAGAGCGAGGCAGGGCUCUUUGGGACAUUCCAGGUGCUUUCUAUUUUGUGGGAACAGUAGUCUCCACCAUUGGGUUUGGAGUGACGGCACCAUCCACUGUAACUGGGAAGAUCUUGCUUCUUUUCUAUGGAUUGCUAGGAUGCUCUGCCACCAUCCUCUUUUUCAAUCUCUUCCUGGAGCGAGUCAUAACGUUACUGAGCUUCCUGAUACUCUGGUGCCAAAGAAGGAGAAAUGGACAUGGCGAACUUAACAGCAGAGCCAGUGACAAUAAUCAGGAAUGGAAGCCAUCUAUUUAUCAUGUCACAUCUAUUCUUUUUGUUGCCGUCUUGCUGGUUGCAUGUGGAGCUGCUUCCCUUUAUUCAGCCAUGGAGGGCUGGACUUACUUCGAGUCUCUCUACUUCUGCUUUGUGGCGUUUAGCACAGUAGGUUUUGGUGACUUUGUAAGUGGACAAAGAAAGCAACAUGAGGAGUCUCGGACUUACCAGGUCGCAAACUGUCUCCUGAUGCUCUUGGGAGUGUGCUGCACUUACUCUCUCUUUAACGCCGUCUCUGUGAUAAUCAAGCAGGGACUAAACUGGAUGCUGAGGACAUUGGCCUGGAUGUACAGCGGUAUCUGUCGCUAUAGGCUGCAGCUCAGACCUCUGUUCAAAAUGUGCUUUUCUGCUUCAGACACACCACUAUAUUAUUAUGAGAAUGAUACUCAGCAUAGGCAGCAGCACAAGUGGAAACAGCAUGCAACAGAGAAAGAGGAACCUCAGUGA